CCACGAGCAGCUGCUCCAUUUCGCCAGGAGACUUCUGGGGCAAAGGCUGUUCGAGAAGCUGAUGAAGAUGACCUUCUAUGGGCAGUUUGUGGCCGGCGAGGACCAGGAGUCCAUCCAGCCCCUGAUCCAGCACAACAGGGCCUUCGGCGUAGGCUCCAUCCUGGACUAUGGAGUGGAGGAGGACCUGAGCCCUGAGGAGGCAGAGCGCCAGGAGAUGGAGUCCUGUACCUCGGCUGCAGAGAAGGAGGGCAGCGGCACCAGUAAGAGGGAGAGGCAGUACCAGGCCCACCGGGCCUUCGGAGACCGCAGGGACGGUGUCUUUAGCGCCCGCACCUACUUCUACGCCAAUGAAGCCAAGUGUGACAGCCACAUGGAGACGUUCCUGCGCUGCAUUGAGGCUUCAGGCGAAGCCAGCGAUGACGGCUUCUCAGCCAUUAAGCUCACUGCGCUGGGGAGACCCCAGUUUCUGCUGCAGUUCUCGGAUGUCCUGACGAAGUGGAGGCAGUUCUUUCACCAAAUGGCUGCUGAGCAAGGGAAGGCUGGGCUGGCUGCCGUGGACACAAGGCUGGAGGUGGCCGUGCUGCAGGAAAGCGUGGCAAAGAUGGGCAUCGCGUCUAGGACUGAGAUAGAGAACUGGUUCACCACGGAGACCCUGGGCGUGUCAGGCACCCUGGACCUGCUGGACUGGAGCAGCCUGAUCGACAGCAGGACCGAGCUCUCCAAGCACCUGGUGGUCCCGAACAUGCAGACGGGACAGCUGGAGCCUCUGCUGUCACGGUUCACCGAGGAGGAGGAGCUGCAGAUGACGAGGAUGCUGCAGAGGAUGGACAUUCUGGCCAAGAAAGCCGCUGAGGCAGGCGUGCGGCUGAUGGUGGACGCUGAGCAGACCUACUUCCAGCCGGCCAUCAGCCGCCUGACGCUGGAAAUGCAGCGUAGGUUCAAUGUAGAGAAGCCGCUCAUCUUCGGCACGUACCAGUGCUACCUCAAGGACGCCUAUGACAAUGUCACCCUGGAUGUGCAGCUGGCUCGCCGUGAGGGCUGGUGUUUCGGGGCCAAGCUGGUGCGGGGUGCCUACAUGGCCCAGGAGCGUGCCCGUGCUGUGGAAAUUGGCUACGAGGACCCCAUCAACCCCACCUAUGAGGCCACCAGCGCCAUGUACCACAGGUGCCUCGACUACGUCCUGGAGGAGCUGAUGCACAACACCAAGGCUGAAGUGAUGGUGGCCUCCCACAACGAGGACACGGUGCGCUUCACGCUGCGCAGGAUGGAAGAGCUGGGCCUGCACCCUGCCGACCGACAGGUGUCCUUUGGACAGCUGCUGGGCAUGUGUGACCAGAUCAGCUUCCCGCUGGGCCAGGCGGGCUUCCCCGUGUACAAGUAUGUGCCGUACGGCCCUGUGAUGGAGGUGCUGCCCUACCUGUCCCGCCGCGCCCUGGAGAACAGUGGCAUCCUGAUGGGCGGCCAGCGCCAGCGGCAGCUGCUGUGGCAGGAGCUCAUGCGGAGGCUCCGCACGGGCGGCCUCUUCCACCACCCGGCCUAGUGCCUGAGGGCCGCUGCCCGCCAGGCUCCCUCCAGAUGCCCUCAGGCUGACACUGCACCUUCCGCCAACCCCAACCUCAGAAGGAUUCACCUUUUUACACCCAAGCCUGUGAGACCCGCUGGAAGUGGGGCCUCGGUGCACCCGGGCCCUGCCCAGGGCAUGGGCACGCAGGUGUGUGUCAAGUCUCAUACCUGCCAGAGCUGCGGGCACUGCCGCAGACUGCUCCUCAACGAGUGAGCA